AUGACAGUCUCAGGAUACGGUACACCUUACCUUAUGUCUGCUGCUGCUAUUGCGGCGUCACCCGCUUCGGCGGGCUGCACCAGAGUUAGUCUACAGACCGCUGGCUCCAUGGCCGCGAUACGCUUACCGCAGGGGGCUCUCGUGCCGUCCAGGCUGGGACCUUCUAGCGCGUUUUCAACUUCGUCUCGCUUCCCAUCAUGCAAUCGAAAGUCGUCAUCUUUUAAGCCUCGCUCCAUUCUACAGGCCGUAGCGACCCACGCGCAAUCGCAGGCGAGCGUCGCAACGGUCGUCGACCAAUCACGCAACAGCAGCGACGACGGCAAUGUCAGCGACGGGAGUUCCGGCGAGUCGGAGUUGGAGGCGCGGCGGAAGCAGUGGGAGGCGGAGCGGAUGCGGCUGAUCAAAGACGCGACGGCGGCGGCAGUGUCCUCGUACGAGGAGCGCAUUGCGCGGAUCGAGGUGGAUCAGACGGCUGAGAUUGCGACGAUGCGACGGGUGGCGGAGAUCGAAGGGCAGGUCAUGCGACGGCAAUCGCAGGAAAUGUCGGGAUUGCGGGAGGAAAUCGAGGCGCUCACAAACGAGUUGGUUCUGACGAAAGAGGUCACUGAGCACGUGAUGAAGCAGCGGAGCCGCCGCGAGGAGGAACUAGCGGAGAUUAAGGCGCAGAUCGCGGCGCAGUCUAAGAAAGUCCAGGAGGAAAAGGCGCUCUACGCGGGCGCGCGGAAGGCGCUAGCGGCGGAGUGGGGGAAGGUGCGCGAGACGAGUUCUGAGUUGGAGCGGAGGCGGGGGGAGGUGGAGGAGGAGAGGCGGAAGCUGAAGGCGGAAAUUGCGCGCGUGGAGGCGGAGGAGGGGGAGGCGGAGGAGGAGAGGCGCGCGGAGGAGUGGGCGCGGCUGCAGGGGGAUGUGACUAGAGCGGAGGAGCUACAAAGGAGGGAGCAGGAGGAGCAGGGGGAAGGGGAGGGGUGGGAGGCGCGAGGGUACCAGGCAGCGGAAGCAGCUGGAUCAGAGACUGCUGUUUGGCUUUCUGCUGCUUUGGAGGGGAUGAAGACUGAGAGGGAGCAGCACCAGCCAGAGGUGGCCACAGCCAUUGCCACAGCAGCAGAGCUCUCAGGUCGAGUCGCCUCCUUCGAGUCUUCCUUACUGGAGACCCGCCGAGCCAUAGAAACCACCAGAGCCUCUCUCUUCCAGGCCAAACUCCGGGCAGAAGUAAAAUCCGCAGUUGUGCGGGAGCUUCGCUCGCAGCUGGAGAAGGUGGAGCAGGAACGGGAAUCGGUCGACGUGGAAAGUUUUCGGGAGCUGACCGCACAGUUGGUUGAUGCGAGGAGGAUUUUGGAAGAGGAGGAUCGGCAGCAGAAGGAAAUGGCGGCUUUGCUUCGGAGAAUGACGGAGGAGAUUCCAGGUUUGGAAAUGCAGCUGGCUGAGGUUCGGGAGGCUCUGGCAGAGGAGAGGAAGGCUCGGGAGCAAGAGGUUGGGAAGCUACGAGAGUCAGUGGCGGUGGCUCGGGCCGAUGCUGCAGAGGCUCGGGUCAGAUUGGUGCGGGCCGAGGCUCCUCUAGUUGCAGCUUUGGAGGAGGUUCGGAGACGGCACAAGGAGGAGGUUCGGGAAUUGGAGGCUAGAUUGGAGAAACUUGUGGUUCGGGAGAUAGGGGCGAGACGGCUACAGGUUCUUCAAGAACAGGUUGAUGGCUACAUCACUCAGAUCAAGAAGGUUGAUCAAGCUAUAGAGCGUGUUGCUUCAAGUCGUCGUCGCGAUUUCCGUCAGUUCCAGCUCGUCUGUUCGCCGCACGACAUGGGCGCCAGAGCAGACCUAGAUUGCAUCGGAAACUCAGGCGCCGACGGAGUUUCGGGCUUCGAGCGUCGCACACAACCCACCGCCAUGGCCAUGGCUCGCGCAGAACCAGCUCCACGAGUGAUGUUCACAAAAGACGCGAGCAGCACUCCCGCUUUCGCCGCACUUGACAUCGACUCGCUCUCUUUCACCGACAAGCCACGUGUCCUCCACGUAUUCGCCACAAUCCUCAACCGCAUCAUCGCCAGCAACGAAUCCAUCUCCACCGCUAAUCUCGCCCCUGACAGCGCCGGAAACUGCGGUGCGAACUGCGCAGAGGACCACGCGUCGCAGCUGACCGUUUUCGACGGACUACGAGCUCCUGGGAUCAGUAUUGACAAGUAUUUCGACCGGAUCUUUAAAUACGCCCGGUGCAGCCCGUCGUGCUAUGUGAUGGCCUACAUUUACAUCGAUCGGAUUAUGCAACGGAAAGACGCCAUGCUUAUAACGACGCUCAACGUCCACCGGCUGCUUAUAGCGAGUGUUCUUGUAGCAGCCAAGUUCAUGGACGACGCGUAUUAUAACAACGCGUAUUAUGCGAAAGUCGGGGGGAUCUCAAUAGAGGAGAUGAACCGUUUAGAGCUGGAGUUUCUGUUCCGGCUCAACUUUCAGCUGAAUGUGACUGAAACGGAGUUCUCGUCGUACUGUAACGUGCUGCAUGAGCAGCUGCUCGCGGAGGAAUCGCCUUCAGAGGGAAUUGAAACGCCGUCCUCGCGGUCGUACGGUUUCUUCUUGCCUCAGCUCCUAGCGAACUCGGGAAACGAGGCUGAUGAUUUUGAGACGUACCGCGAAGUCUCGGACGCGUGUGCCGCAGGCUCGGGUUCAAGCGGCGAGUGGCUGCCGUUUGGAGCCGCGCGCGCGGGCUCGGAGCAGACGGAGGUUCGGGAGCCGAACGAUCAGUGGUGGUUCGGAAACACCUCUGACAGCUGUAGAGGUGUGGGUGUGGUCGGCCAAACGGUGCUGGUCGGCAACUAG